GCUCUCUUUCCCCUCAACUGUCUCACGCAGCUCCACUCACUAUGGGCCUGUUCGACAAGCUGAGCAACAAGAUCAAGGGGACUGAAGGCCCGGCUCCAGAGGCCUUCUCCUUCCCACCUCCAGCUCCCCCAAUCCCCCUCGAGCACUCGCUCAUCCGGUACCGCAAGCAACGAGGUAUCAACCUCGGCUCGUGGUUUACCACUGAGAACUGGCUCGCCACCAAGCUUUAUGAGGGGGCUGUGCCUCCCAAGGGGAGCGACUAUGACCUUGCGCGCGGAGCGAACCCCAAGGAGGCGAUGGAGAGACAUUGGGACACCUGGAUGGCGGAAACCGACUGGCAGUGGAUCAAGGACCGAGGCUUCAACACGGUUCGCCUUCCGAUUGGGUACUACCAUCUCAGCGGCGUGCUUCCUGAUAUCCUCAAGGGCACAGAGUACGAGCCUUUUGCCGACAUCUACAGUGGCGCCUGGCCUCGGAUCCUCAAGGCCGUAGAGACGGCCGCUAGCCACGGCCUCGGGGUGCUCAUCGACUUCCAUGCUGCACCAGGCGCCCAGAACGAAGACGGUCACUCAGGAUUGUCAAACGGCAAGGUCAACUUCUGGAAGCCCAACAACCUCGCCUCGACGUCCAUUGCGCUUCGAUUCCUCGCGUCCACCUUUAACAGCAACCCGUAUGUUGUCGGCCUCGAGCUCCUCAACGAGCCGAAGAACAACGACCAGCUGCAGGGGUGGUACGAACGCACCCUGUGGGAGGUGCGACAGGUAGCUGGUCAAGAGUUUCCCAUCUAUGUCAGCGACGCCUGGGAUGCCCAGUGGUACUCGAGCUUCGUGGGCAAGCGGGACGACUUUGUUGUGCUCGACCACCACCUCUAUCGGUGCUUUGACGCGGCCGACCGUGCCCUCACUGGCCCGCAGCAUGCCGACAAGCUUCGCAACGAGUUCUCUGGCACGUUCGCCCACUGGUGCGGACAGGCCCGCGGCAACCUUGUCGUUGGCGAGUGGUCCGCUGGCCUCGACGAUAGCUGUCUUCCUGCGAGCACGCCGGCCGGGGAGAGGGACGCGCACAAGCGUGCGUGGGUCGCCGCUCAGCUCGAGGUCUACGACCGAUGCGCAGGCUACUACUUCUGGACGCUCAAGACCGAUCGUGACUGGGACGCAGGGUGGUCGGCCUACAACGCAGGCCAAGCUGAGAUUCUGCCGGCAUCGGUUGUCCGGCGUGCGUUCAGUGCGCCGCCACAAGGCGCACGAGAGGCGGCCACACAGCAAGCAUUCGACGCGCAUGUGGGUUACUGGUCGCAGCAUGGGGGCUCCCCAAACCCCAAUGCCUUUGCCGAUGGCUUCAGGAGGGGCUGGGAUGACGCGCUGCUGUUUGUGCACGCCGACGGUGUGAGCGAGCUGGGCUUUGUGAGCCAGUGGGCCAGACGGCCGAAGACACACACCCUCACCAUGUCCAUCGUCAUCAGGCAGGUCUCGGACGCCAAUGUGACGGCCGACGAACGGGCCCUCAUGAUCAAGAUCCUCAUCGACUCGUUCCAAACGUUGAACAAUGCGCUCAUGUCAUGCGUUGUCAAUCAUGGCCUGAAUAAGAAGGAGGCGUGGAUCGCCGAGCUCGACGGCCGGCUCGUCGGCCUCAGCCUGUGGUCUGGCCCUGGACGCGAGUUCAUGGAGGGCGACGAGUUUGAGCGACUCUUCAAGCCUGUCAUUGAGAUGCUGCCGUCCGCGACGUCCGACUUCCUGAUGAAUGUGCUCUUCCCUCAGCAGAUGGCCUUUUACAACGAGGGUGUACCAAACGCCGAGCUCGAAUGGUGGUUCUGCGAGAUGCUGGGCGUCGAUCCAAGGUACCAGGGCCACGGGGUGGGCACUGCGCUGCUCGAGCACAAGGCGGCGUCGGUGGGUGACGUGCCGAUGGGCCUGAGCACGCAGAGCAAGGAGACGCUCAAGUUCUACGAGAAGCUAGGGUACAAGGUGCGCGCCGAUCACCCGUUCACGCUGCUCAACGGCUACGUGUGGCACGACCACCUCCUGUCUUGCCCUGGGGAUGCGACGACGGUGGAGGCUGAGAAGCGCAACAAGGCGGCGGCCGAGGCGGCGGCGGCGUCUGCAAGCAGGUAG